AUGGAGAGAGACUGGCGUGCGGAAUAUGUGAAGGCGGCAGCACCGGCGGACGCUAGAGAGGGAUCUACGCCAACUGCGGACUCGCAACAGAGCACCAAGACACCUGUGGAUAGCGUUCUGUCCUUUCUUGACCUUCUACUGACUGAGGAAGGUGGCGAGUGGUGGACCAAGCUACAUCGUCGAGCCCAGCGUAUUGGUAAACGGAAGAGUGAUGACCAGGAGCCGAUGGCUCUGAACGAAGAGGACAAGCAACAGCUUAAAACGUUCAAGAAACGGCUGGCUGUAGUGGGUGGCCAACUCGUAAUUAAGCUGCCAGAGCUGAAUGCGUCCCUGGGCAGCAACGAGUCGCCUCGCAUCGCUAAAGUGCAUGUGCUGCUGCUACAGCUUGUGUGUCGCGUGCUGUACUACGGGGUUCUGACUCAGAAGAAGAAAGAGGAAAAGAAAAGACUGAAGAAGGAGAUCAGAGGUCUGAUGGACCGUGUGGCGCUGCUGCUGGACGCUGCAAACCCGCCUUCAUUGGCGGAUGAAGAUGCGGACGAACGCUCGCCGUUCCAAGAGUUCCUGCAACACGAAUUGGCCCCGAGAGUGCAGAUGCUGCAGCCAGGUCUAGUGCGAUAUUUACUGAGGAUAUACGAGCUGGAAGAAGAGAAGAAGCAAAAUAAUGACGAGGACAAGGACACGAUGAAAGGAUUGCUUCCAGCGUCUCCUCAGGCUGUAGCUACCGGUAAAAGCAGCAUUUUAUCAGCUCUUCGACAGGAACGACCAGUAAAACGAGCUCGCCCUGAUGCAAGUGCAUUAUUCAAGGAAGUUCAACUACCUCACCAGCUGCAGCAGAAGCAGCCACGGCCUCGAAAAGUUCGAGAGCUGGCUGGAAUGGCAAAAACUGGUUUGGUGUCGAGCGAUCGAAAGCCCAGCAAGACCGAUUUGCUGCGUCGCGCCGCUGUGAAAUCCAGCGCGAAAGGACCAGCAGCACCUCUUCUUCACAGAGCGAUGUCGGACCGUUCUAACUUUCCUAAACGGCAACCUGAAUCAUCAUCGUCGAGGGCUGCGGCCCAAGUUGGAGGCCCAGCUGCACCAGGGAAAAAUCGCUCACCGCCAUUACGCCGAGCCUUAACGACUUCGUCAGUUAUCAUGCGGACCCCCGACAGACCGAAGCGAAUGGCAGCACGCACAACCAGAAGAGUUUUGGUUGAAGCUUCUCCUCCGCUCCGUGGACCCGGCGGUGCGGGAGCUGCACCUCGUCUACUGCAGCCAAAAUCUUUAAGGCCCGGUGUCAAUCCUCCGUCUCUUUUCGGCAACGAUUCAACAUUUAAGUAG